CAAGGAGGGAGGGUGGACGGGGAGAGAAGAACAGAAAGCGAAAGAGUUGUGCUCUUCUCCAUGGGAGGCUGUGUGGGCAGCCACCAUGACUCUGCGACCAGUCUGAACGGAAUCUCGGACGGAACCGGAGUGGCCUUGGGGAGGAACCAACCUCUGCGGAGGGAAAAACCUAAAUGGAAGAGUGACUACCCGAUGACGGAAGAGCAGCUGUGCAGUAAGAGGGACGAGUUCUGGGACACGGCUCCUGCCUUUGAGGGCCGGAAAGAGAUUUGGGACGCGCUCAAAGCAGCGGCACAUGCUUUUGAGAGUGAGGAACAUGAGCUGGCUCAGGCCAUCCUCGAUGGAGCCAGCAUCACUCUCCCUCAUGGCACCUUGUCUGAGUGCUAUGAUGAGUUGGGCAAUCGCUACCAACUGCCAGUCUACUGCCUCUCCCAACCUGUCAACAUGACGGAGGAGCGAGCCAACAGUGACCCUGAGUUCCCACAGACCGCGGACCUCUCAGAGGCCCCAGCUGAGACAGGCCAGGAGGUUCAGCUUCACCUGCGUCUUUCUACAGGACGGGAUGUGCAUCUGGACGUACAUAGCACUGACUCCGUGAGCCACAUGAAGCGCAGGCUACAGGCGGAGGAGGGCCUGGCUACUACUGCCCAACGCUGGUUCUUCUCUGGCCGCCCACUGGCCGACAGGAGCACUUUGGAGGAGCUACGCAUCCCUAUAGACUACAUGGUCCAGGUGAUCAUGAGCCAGCCCCCGCUGCCAUCACCAGACCACCUAGUGCCAGAGGUCAGCUAGAACUGACCAGUUUUUUCUUAUUGACACAGACCUCACGAUAAAGAGAGGUGUAGGACUUUUUUGCACUGUUAUAAAUAUUUUCAUUUUGCUUUCCAAAGGAAUUAUGAUUUUUAAGGGCUCUUUUUACUCUACUGCCCUCUCAUGUCUGAAGUGACAAACUGCAACUAAUGUCUUCAACCAUUAUUUGGCAGGAGAUAGAGAUGCUUUCACAAGCACUCAGAUUGUCAGACAUGUUACAUGCAUAAGACUUUUAGUGCACAUAAUAUAAUAUACUGUGUAAGAGCGAGUCACUCUUUUGUUUAUUUAUUUGCUUACUUUUUGUCUGCUCUUUACUUUUGUGCAUCCUACUGCCGCCCUACUUAAUUUGCCCAUUCAUCCAUCCUUCCAAUCCUAAAACCAUUGUUUCUGUUUAAAAAGACACUAACACUUACACAGGCAACUACUAAAACUCACCCAAUCUACCUUGAACAUUUCUUUCUCAUAUGCAUCUAAAAUGGCCAAGACCUCUAUAACAGAAUUUCUAAUGUACUUUAUAAAAUUAAAUUGUUUCAUGUAUUUUUUUUUAAACUGCCCAUUUGCUUGAUCUAGACACCAGGCAUCUUUUCUUUUUAUGUAACUGCUGGCCCAUAGAUUGGUGUUGGGGGAAGGGGGUCAGAACGCACACUAUGCUGCAAUGCAUGCUGGGGACUGUAGUGCGUCUCAUGGUGAAACGGGCUACUAAGAACAGAAAAUUCAAAUCAUUUUGCGGCCCAAAUAGGACUGUCAGUCAGGCCCGCAGGCCUCAUGUUUGACACAUGGACCCUAAAAGAAUGGAAGUUGUAAUAAAGUGCAGAGUGCAGAAAGUGUACACACUAAAUACUAAAAAAGGAUAUUAUAUUUCAUUGUUGAGGCUUCUGUGUGUUUUCCUUUAAAUACAUGUUUUCUGCUUAUUUCUGGAAGCUGACGAAAUAAUAACGUGUGCUUAAUCGCCUUUUUGACUAGAAAUUUAAUAAAUGAAAGGGUGGUCUCUGACUUUUGCACAGGACUGUAUGUAUGCCUUCAAACAUGAUGUAUAAAGUGACAUGUCAAGUUUUACCUGUGUUCUAAUAGCUUUUUAUUAUGUUUAGCUGUGAGAUAUAAUCAUACUGCUGUUUUCA